CGUUAUCUUAAACCUUUAGGAAUGAAAAAUUGAUUUUACUGAUUAUUUGGAAUACUGUGAUCGAGUGUAUUUUGUCCUGUGAAUGUAGUUUUAACUUCCGUAUUGGUACAUAUUGUUUUUAUGAUGUUUUCUAUUUUCUUGUUUAUAUUUUCCACCCUCAUCAGUACAUCAGGAGCAAUUCUUUGCUACCAAUGUUCAGAUGCCAAAGCAGAAGGAGCUUGUAGGCAUGACAACAAUGGACUCCUGUCAGAUUAUCAGGGUAUUCAAAACAGAACCAAUAUCACAGAUACAGAGUUCAACACAGAGUUUACGUAUCUAAAGAACUGUACAAGAAGCUGGGGAGAGCAAUGUCUGAUAGAGAACAUACGUGAAGCAGGAAGUGGAAUAGUGAUGUCAUUCAUUAGAGGAUGUACAAAUGGAAAGGCAUUCUCCCUCAAUGAUUUCCCUAAUAGAACGAUAGUUUCUGACAAUCAGACGACAUGUGCCUACAGGCCGGACAGUGGGAAGGUUGUCGUCUGCUUGACAAUUUGUAAAACAGAUUUGUGUAAUGGGCCUCAGCCUCCAUUACACGAUGGAGCCUCUUCCAAUCACUUUUGUUCUUUUUUGACUAUACUGGCGCUACUACUUGUGAAUAUAGUGAAUUCUUUCUGUGAAUCUUGAAGGCAAACUAGUAUCAAAGGAAAUUUACUUCUUCUUGAAUUUUCUUUUUCUUUUUGAACUAUACAAGGAUUUUUCAUAAAUAUUUUUAUGUUAUUUAGAAUAUUAUGAUAAUACAUGUGUAUAUAUAUAACUUUUUAAGGAACUUCUGUUGAGACAUUACUGUGGGAUAACUAACUUACAGUUGCUAAAUGGUCAUAGGUAAUUUCAUCAGAAUUUUAUAAAAAAGCGAUUAAAGGAUUGAUUUUUAAACACUUCAACGACAUGCCUCUUAUUAACUUUUUGAGGAACAAUGUUGAAUAUAACUUUCUGUAUUAAUGAAUAGAAAAUGAAUGUCAAUAUUUUUUCAGCAAUACCUUGUUUCCUACCAAACCUCCAUACAUAAACUAUUAAUUGUCCUCUCAAUUUAUAAUAAAAUACGGUAAUAUA